AUCAAUAACUGAUCAAUAACUGAUAACAGAACCUGCUGAUCAUCAUCAAACUGAUCGAUGACUUUUUACUACAAAUAAUUUGUAUUAAAACUUAUAUAAUAAAUAAUAUUCUCAUUAUAAUAACCAAACAAUCUUAAAACAUCAUAAACAAUAAUAAUAAUAACAAUAAAAACAAUAAAAACAACAACAAUAAUAGAAUAAUAAUAAUAAACAAUAAUAGUAACAUUAUUUAUUAAUAAAAACAAUAAUAAUAAUACAAUAACAAUAAUAAUAAUAAUCACAUUAUUUAAUAACAAUAAAGCUUCAAUUUGUAUUUGUAUUAUUUCUGUAUUUAUUGUGUUGAAAUCGAUCAGAACGGAUCGAUCAGUCCGGUAUUGAUCACUGAUCACACAUCGGUAGGUGACACAGGCGGAUCACGUGACCAGCCCCUUUGACCCUUCAUCUCGCGAGACGUGACGCGUCUUCUUGCGAGAUCCUCUGCAGCAACAAAUCGGCUCCGGAUCCUGAAACAAUCUGCGGGUUUCUGCGGUAAGACACCGAUUAACGGGAGCGCGUGCACGCGGCGGACAGCCACAGGGUGCGUGUGGGGUCGGAUGGGCGUGCGGCACGCGCCCGUGUGCGUGUGGGCGGGGUCAUGGAGGUGUCCUCUCACAGCCUCUUCCUGCUGCAGCAGCUCAACGUUCAGAGAGAGUUCGGCUUCCUGUGUGACUGCACCGUCGCCAUCGGUAACGUGUACUUUAAAGCUCACCGAGCCGUCCUCGCCGCCUUCUCCAACUACUUCAAGAUGAUCUUCAUCCACCAGUCCAGUGAGUGUAUAAAGAUCCAGCCCACAGACAUCCAGCCGGACGUGUUCAGCUACCUGCUCCACAUCAUGUACACGGGGAUGUGUCCUAAACAGCCGGUGGAUCAGAGCCGUCUGCAGGAAGGCAUUAAGUUCCUCCACGCCUACCAGCUGUGCCGCAAACCCGGCGAGGGCGCCGCCGACGCCGCCACCGACGUGGUCCGCAUGUCCAACCUCUACGGCAUCCAGAUCUCCUCCCAGCUGGCCAACAAAGAGGCGUCCGGAGUCCCCAAGUCCACCACGGUGUCGUGCGGCGCCCCCGACGACGGACGCUCUUCCGGCCGGGGGGGGAGGUCCCACUCCCAGCUGUCGCUCGCUGUUGGACUGGAGGGGGUCCCGUCAGACCGCCAGGCCUCGGCGCUACGCAACGUCUGCUCUGUGGCGUCCGGAGACGACUCCGACAUCUCAACCCGCAUCAAGCAGGAGCGGUUGGAGGAGGAGGAGGACGGCGAGGAAGGGCAGGGGGCGGGGUCUCCGUCUCCAGCUCAGGGUAGCAGUCCCAGUCAGAGCCUCCUGUUCAAAGACCGGCCCCUGGUCCUACUGUGUCCUCGUUGUGGAGAGCGCUGCUCCUCCCCCGAGGGUCUGCGUGAGCACCUGUUCAGCCACGCCCUCGACCCCACCCGUCUGAUGGAGGGACUGUCGCAUGGCGGCGAGCUGGACGCCGGCGUGGAGGAGGGGCCGCCGGGGGGCCAGGAGCAGCUGGACGCGGGCUGCCUGGAGGAGGCGCUGAGGCAGAGCCAGGCGCUCGCCAACCAGCUGGCUGCAGAGCUGAGGAGGAGCCGAGGGGGAGGAGGAGGGGGUGGCGGAGGCAGGAGCAGCCCCACCCCUGCCGCCAUCUUGCACUCACGUAAACGUAAGAUCGCCUGUGCCGUCUGCAGCCUGCGCUUCUCCCACAAGAGCCAGCUGCAGGAGCACAUGUACACCCACACCGGCAAACCGUCCCGCUACCACCGCUACAACCGCCUCUGCAGCCAGCUCUUCCAGGCCUCCGCCCACUUCUGCGAGGGCGCCGCGGAGCAUGGGGGAGGGGGCGGGGCCUCGGCCGGCACUGCCGCGCUCUCUGAGGAGGCCAACAGGGACACUCAGGACAACGGCAGCUCCUGCUACUCCCUGGACUCUGAGAUCUCCCAGGAGAGUGUGGACGGCGUGCCCGUGGAGUGAUGUCAUCAGGUGUUUGGCCACAAGGGGGCCGGACUGAAUGCACAGGUGGUUCUGUGUGGAACCAGGACGGGACUCUGAGGUCUCUGCUGCUGUCUGAUGGUCCUGGACCUGAUUCAUUGAUCAAUUCGUGGACAGAAUAUUUGUUUUCUUCUGCAAUCGAAAAAAGUUUGAACACGAUUAAUCAAUUAAUCAGAAACUAAUCAGCGUACUGAUCCGUAAUGAGAAUAAUCGUUAGCUUGAGUUCUGUCCUGCUGAUCGUUUUCAUUUCAUCGGUCUGUGUUUGUUUCUAACUGCGAUGUUGAAUCCUGAUCUUCCACGCUCACCAGCGGACAGUGAACCGUGGUCGUGUCUUUAGAAGCAGCAGCAGUGCCUUCGUGUCGUCUCCACCCUGAAAUCAAGGCUUCAUGACAAUCUGAGUAAAAGGUUUGUUCCUUUUUUAGAACCCAGAAGAACCUUCAGAUGUUGUUACACAACUGAAGCUUAGUUAGACUUCCAGACACUUUGUUGUUUUUCUCUGAGCUGAUAAUAAAAAUGUAAUUAAAGGAUCAUAACUCUGUUUUUGAUCAUUCUGCAGUUUACGUCAUUUUCACCGACUGAGUUAUGCCACGCCCUUUUUUGCCUUUGUGGCGCAAAGGCUUCAGGGUCCUUAUAUGGACAUAUCCUGUGAGUUUUGUGAUGAUUGGCCCAACAGUUGUUGACUUCUGUCUGUUUAUGUGCUGAGCCACGCCCCCUCUGAAGCUCAUUGGUCAAUAUGUUGAACUCUAAAUUAGAGAUCAAUAAGCUUUAUGCAACUAUUGAUCAGCUCCAUCCGAUGAUGAUCCACAGAAGGUUUGGCAGCAGUCCAAGCACAUUGAGCCGGGCGCUGUGUGAGGGGGCGUUGCCUUUACAAUACUGUAUUUUUGGGUUUAACAGCGCCACCAUCGGGCCGAUUGGACUCAUCAGUUCCUGUUAUUGGAGUUUAAUUCCAGCUCACAGGAAUGUGAUAAUAAACAAGCACAGAAACAAGCCCUCAUUAAAAUGUUUACAAUACAUAAAUAAAUAAUAACCAUCCUAAAUAACGCGGGUCUGCAACCUGCUGGUCUGGUCACACGUUAAAUAUUUACAGUUUUUAUUUUUGAUAUUUCUGACUUUAUAAACAAUCUGACAUCAUAAAUAUUAAAAUGAACUGCUGAUCACAGGAUGUGACUUUAUUUUGAAAGGGUUGGAUUAAAAGCAGUCUUAUGGUCCUCUCUAUUCUCUCUAUUGAUUAUUGACUGGUGAAUGUUUUCAUUCUGUGUUUCACUGUAAAAAAAAUCCAAACAGGAAGUUUUGUGUUUACAUGUUUUGUACAUAAACGUCUGUUUUUCAUUGAUGGAACAAUAAAGUUUUGUAAAUAAA